CUCCUUGGAUUAAUCCUAACUCUCUUUCUAUCUGUUUGCUUCCCUUUUUCUUCUCUGUCUCAAAAGAUAUUUAUCUCUAUCAUCAUCAUCAUCAUCAUCAUCAUAUAUAUAUAGUUUUAUAAAUUACAAAAUAUAUAUACCUUUAUAAUAUCAGUCUCCCCAUUAAAGGGUUUAAAAGAAUGGAUGUUAAAGCAAAGGGAAACGUACGAAGGGAAGAGGAGGAUCAUCAAAUAGAGCUGAGACGAGGACCAUGGACUGUUGAAGAAGAUUUAAAGCUCGUUAAUUACAUUGCUGCUCAUGGUGAAGGUCGAUGGAAUUCACUUGCUCUUUUCGCAGGUCUCAAAAGGACGGGAAAAAGCUGCAGAUUGAGAUGGUUAAAUUAUCUUCGACCCGAUGUUCGACGUGGGAACAUCACCCUUGAAGAACAACUUUUAAUUCUUGAACUUCACUCUCAUUGGGGAAAUAGAUGGUCCAAAAUUGCCCAACAUUUGCCUGGAAGAACUGACAAUGAGAUAAAAAACUAUUGGAGAACUCGUGUCCAAAAACAUGCCAAGCAACUCAAAUGUGACGUGAACAGUAAGCAAUUCAAAGACACCAUGCGAUACCUAUGGAUGCCAAGGUUAGUUGAACGAAUUCAAGCCGGCAUCGCCUCCUCCUCCUCCACAACAGCCACCUCCACGGGGCAAAUCGUUAUACCACAAGUAGCCCUAAGUUAUAACACCCUUGACAAUUCCAGCACCGCAAUCUCGUCGGAGACUCAAGUUUCACCAACAUCAGAUUUUUCCGAUUGUUACGGUAACAUGGUCCCGAUUAAUGAAAACCCGAACCCAUAUUACUUUCAGGCUAGCCAAAUUGGUUCCUCUAAUGAUUACAACCACGGCAUGGAUUUCCAACCAUGGUUGCGUGGAGUUGAUAAUAUUACAUCAGAUCAUUUCUUGGAUUGUGAUGAUUUUUUGUUACAACAGCAAUUUAACUUCAACAUGUGAGGGAAUUUUCAAGUAAAAUUUAGAAAGAAAAAAAAACAAAUAUGGAAAUAUAGGGUUUGAUUUUUCUAAUUGCGUUUCAACUUUAGUUUGUAUUUUGUAACCAUCUUUUUUUCUAUUUGAGGGGUGGGGAUAUUGUAAUUUAAGACUUUUGUUGUUAAUAAUAAUCACAUUAAUUCAUAUUAA